AUGGCAAGAAUACCUCAUUCAUAUUUUGACUGGGAUGAUAGUAUCCUAGACUUUCUUGCGCAACUUAGACUAGACUUGCAAAAUCGGGGAAUAGAUCCAGCAGGUGCAGGGGCCAAUAGAAGAGCUCAGGCACUAGGACAUUUAAGAGCAUGUAUGAGAGGAAGAACUUUAGAAUGGUUUGAUGAAGAGAUUACUACAAAGACAAAUUGGGAAUUAACUAAUCUGACUGAUGGUACAGGACAAGCUAAUUUGGUAGCUGUAAACGGGCGUACGGCUCUUCAGAUAGGUGCAGAUGGAUUAAAUGAGGCAGCCAGACAACCUGGAAAUGCAAUAAUCAAAUUAAGAGCUGUAGAAGAUCCUUGGAAUAAAGACUGGCGUGUGGCAGGAGGAC